AUGGCCACUGCAGCGCAAAUUCAGCUGGCGAAAGUCUUCAUUACAAACCGUUUCGGCUACUCCAUUCAGGAUCUUGGAUUAGUUGCAGAGGCUAUGGAUACGACUGGCUUUUACCGAGCCGGAUCCAACAAGCGUCUGGCAAUCGUUGGGGAUGCCGCUCUCAAGAUUGCUAUCGCAGCAGCCUGGUAUCCUACUGGCGCACCACGAGGCGAAUACUCGGUUUACUCGUCGCACGUCAGCAAUAUCAACUUGGCUACGGUUGCGCGACUUAUUGAACUUGGCCAGCAUUUGAUCCUCAAUCCCGGACACUUUGGUGCUGUGAGUUCAAACACUCUCGCCACCGGUCUGGAGGCUUUCUUUGGUGCCAUCUACCAAGACUGUGGAGGCGACAUCUCGAUUGUCAGUGCCGCAAUGACCGCCGUUGGCAUCAAACUCCCUGGAACCGAUGACAACUAG